AUGGCUGCUGUCUUUCUGAUGUCCAUGCUUCUUGGCCUUGCGUGUGGGCAAGCGAUGUCUUUUUGUAUUCCAACUGAGUAUACAAUGCACGUAGAAAGGACAGAGUGUGCGUAUUGCCUAACCAUCAACACCACCAUCUGUGCGGGAUAUUGCAUGACACGGGAUAUCAAUGGCAAACUGUUUCUUCCCAAAUACGCACUGUCCCAGGAUGUUUGCACAUACAGAGACUUCAUCUACCGGACUGUAGAAAUACCAGGAUGCCCACUUCAUGUUGCUCCCUAUUUUUCUUAUCCUGUUGCUUUAAGCUGUGAGUGUGGCAAGUGCAAUACUGACUAUAGUGACUGUAUACAUGAGGCCGUCAAGACAAACUACUGUACCAAACCUCAGCAGUCUUAUCUGAUGGGAUUUUCUGUCUAA